GUGGAUAUUUCUAAAAUAUUUUAAAGAAACUUUUCUAAUCUUGUGAGUAUUUGUGCUUUCAGGUAUGUAUUAUCUGCCUGUAUUUCUUUUUUUUUUUUUUUCUUUUUUUUCAGUUGUAGUGAAGUCUUCUACAGCUUUGAGUUUCAUCAAGUUUGUUUUUGUCUCCUGACAAAAUAGACAUUGCUAGCCACAGGAGGCAGUGAGGUUAAACCUGAUCCAUGUCUUCCAUUUUACUCUCUGCAGGUGUCUUGUUGCCUUGUGAAGUUCUUGCGUUUUUACAGGUUAAAUAUUCAUGCACAAGGGGUCAGAGCCUGUCAGAAAAUACCAGAAGUUAACUCCUAUGUCUGUGGAAACACUGACCCUGAGAAACAGAAUGAUUGCAAUGGAUGAAGACCAGUAUUCCUAUUCUGAAGAAAAUAUUCCCCUGUCAUCCCGAUUCUGGUUCUGGAAGAAGAAGAAUCCUGUUUUUCCUGUUGCUAAAAGCCAAAGCAAACCAGAGGCAUGGGUGAGAACAGCUAUUCCUUCAGCUUCUCAAGUCCCUGAAGAUUCAGUAAGAAUUGAUCCUGAAACUAAACGACAGACAACCAUUCACUCACCUGUUCCUCUACCAGGGAGUAUUAUUGAUUAUUCAGAGGAGUUACAAGAACAUCCUUCAUGUGUGAUUAAAAGUGUUACGAUUAAAGACACACCUGAGGAGGAUGGAGAGGGAAACUCAUGGCUGUACAAGCUUGGAAUGUAUAUAAAUAAGUGGUCAUUCCUGAAUUCCCUGGUUGGAUGGAGUGAAAACAGAGCUCUAGGAAAAGAUGAUCAUCUAAACAAAUUUGGAGUUUGUUCUGAUACUGACCACAAAGCAACUGAUCUGGAGGAAUGCACAGCCAAGGAAGAAGCACCAUAUAUUCCAUACAAGUUUGCUACAUUGUAUAUCAUCAAGAUUGUAAAUGACAUGCAGCAAAUGAAAAAUAAACACAUGAAGAUAAUCAGACAACUUGACAAGAUAAGGAAAGAAAACCAGGAGCAGACUAUAACUGCUAUAAAGAAACAUUAUGGUGAGAAAAUGAGGAGUCUGAAAUCCCACUUAGAAGCUUACCGAGAGCUGAUGAACAAGAGCAGCACACACUGGCAAGAUACAGUUAAGAGCCUGAGGGAAAGAAAUAGAAAAUUGAUCCAAGAGAAGGAAGACCUUCUUCACCAAAUGAAGAAGGAAACAGAGAAAUGGGAAGAAGAAAAGGUCCAGAUUCUAGAAAAUUUGUGUAAAAACCUAGAUUAUCUUUAUACCCAGCAUGCACUGACUUUGCAGGAACUUCACAACAUCAGUCUAUAUGUGGAAACAGUGCAUGACCUCAUGAAUUCACAGAUAAAAAUUCUUCAGCAACAGUCUGAAAAGACAGAAGGAGAAAAAGCAGAUAUGUCAGCAGUUUUACAAUUAAAACCAGAACAAGUAUCUAAUGAAGAAGAAGAGCCUGAAUUGUCCAUGGAAAAGGGAUAUCUUUGGCAAGCACACACCAUGUUGCAAAAGAUACAGGAAUCUAUACAGAAACGAGAGAGAGAAGUCACUGAGCUCCUGCGAAGUGAAAGAAGACAUAACAGGGCAAUGAAACCUCAAAUCACAGUGCUAAUAUUCUUGAAAACUCUUGUCAACAAGGUUCACACCAUAUAUUGUGAUGUUCCUGAGGCACAACAAUAUAUCAGUCAGCUUAUCAGGAAGAACAAGGAUCAAAGGGCUGAUUGGAAAGAAGCCUUUAAUAACGCUCAGGCUGACAUUCUGUCCUAUGAAGUAUUUUAUGGAAAUGAACCUAUGGAUGAUGAAAGGACACAAUUUUCAAUGGAGCUUUUCAGAAAUUUUGGGAAAGCAAAGUCUGAAUUAGAAUAUGUUGAAACAGAGAAAAUUGUGUUUGAUUGUAUCCAGAGAGGGGAAAUCCCCAACUGGAUUAAAAGGGAUUGUCUUUAUGCAGCUUUGAGAGAAGAGCCUACGACAUGCUCUGAGGAGACACAACCACUAUUCACAGGAACUCAUGCAGAAGUUUAAAAUGAAAAUCAAGGUAAUAUAUUACAAUGUAUCAUCCCACUUGGUUUUAAAGAAGAUAUUAAAAAGUCUCUAUCUUUUCCUAACUAUUCUUAAGGGAUUUGAGUUUUGCUCUGCAUAGUAUCCUGUGAAAUCUGUAUAUGCAUCUUUUUUGACUAAAAGCAAAUCUCAACGGGAAUUACAGACAGAGAUCUACAGUUUUAUACUUGUAGCCCCUGAGCCCAUUUACAAUAAAGAAUAAAAUAGCUUUGCUAACUAGUGAAUUACGUAGUCACACCUUUCUGUGUAUGAAAGAUGUCUAUGUUUUAUUUUUAUGUCUGUAUAUGUUCAUUUAACUUAACUUUUUUAUGCAUCUUGAUGGCCCUGGAUGCAUGUCACAAAUAAAGGUACAUUAAUGUGUUCUUAUAUCUAAUAAUUUGGGAUGCACUGAGUUUCUGUUACAAAUGAAAUAUUGUCUU